CCCUCUCCAUUUCGUGCACCGCCAAAGCACUCCUAAGCCUUCGGAAAGCUCGCCCUGAAGCAAUGGCGCCGCGACGACGACAAGCUGUGUUUCUGGUCGUAUGGGCUUUCGCUCUUGUGGCUACGUCUUCGAUGACUUCAGCUGCAAUAGUGCAACACACUUUCGACGUGGGAAACUUGACGGUGAGCAAAUUAUGCCAGGAGCGUGUGAUCACCGCGGUGAACGGAGCUCUUCCUGGCCCGACCAUUCUGGUUACGGAGGGCGACACCCUCGUCGUUCAUGUCCUCAACAACUCCCCAUACAACGUCACUAUUCACUGGCACGGAAUCUUUCAAUUAUUGAGUUCCUGGGCAGAUGGUCCGAGCUACAUUACGCAAUGUCCCAUACGUCCCGGGCAUAGUUACACCUACAAAUUUACCAUCACUAAGCAGGAAGGCACGCUCCGGUGGCAUGCUCACUUCUCGUUGCUCCGCGCCACCGUCUAUGGCGCUCUCAUCAUCCUCCCCAAAUCGGGUCGCUACCCAUUUCCCACACCUCACAAAGAAUUUCCUCUUAUUCUAGGGGAGUGGUGGAACAGAAAUGUGAUCGAUAUAGAGAACCAGGCACAAGCGAUCGGCGUGCCACCUAUUAAUUCGGAUGCAUACACCAUUAACGGAAGGCCCGGAGAUCUCUAUCCUUGCUCGAAAAAGCAUACCUACAAGCUAAAGGUGGUGCAUGGAAACACGUACAUGCUUCGCAUCAUCAACGCUGCACUCAAUAACCAGCUUUUCUUCAAGAUAGCCAAUCACAAAUUCACUGUCGUUGCCGUCGACGCCUCGUACACCACCCCCUAUGCCACCGAUGUUGUUGUCCUCGCUCCCGGCCACACGGUCGACGUGCUCCUCACCACGGACCAGGUCCCAGGGGCCUACUACAUGGCGGCCCGCCCGUAUAAUAGCGCCCAAAACGCUCCGCCGCCCGAUAACACCACCACGACUGGGAUCCUCAUUUACGACAAGCUGCCCUACACGAGCCCGAUCAUGCCCCUCCUGCCGGCCCUCAACGACACCCCGACGGCGGCCAAGUUCUACUUCUCCUUGACCAGCCUCGUGGGGAGCCCGAACUGGAUGCCGGUGCCGACUAAGCUGGACGAGCAGAUGCUGGUGACCAUCGGAUUGAGCCUGUCCCCGUGCCCCAACGCCGCGUGUCAGUUCCUCCCCAAUGUCCCCACCCUUCAGAUAUCCGCAAACAUGAACAACGCGUCGUUCGUAUUCCCUAAGAGCCUGUCCCUCUUACAAGCGCACUUCUUCAACGUUAAAGGGAUCUACACCACCGACUUCCCCGACCAGCCGCCGCUUAAAUUCAACUACACGGACCCCGCCAACAGCCAGAACAAUGCGCUGGUGUUCGCGCCCAAGAGCACGAGGGUGAAGCAAGUGAAGUACAACGCGACGGUGGAGAUCGUGUUGCAGGACACGACCAUCAUCGGCGCAGAGAGUCACCCCAUGCACUUGCACGGCUUCAACUUCCAUGUGGUGGGACAAGGGUUCGGGAACUUCGACCCAGCCAAGGACCGGAAGAAGUUCAAUCUCUUCAACCCGGUGAUACGUAACACAAUCGCCGUCCCCGUGGGAGGUUGGGCUGCCAUCAGAUUCCAAGCAAACAAUCCAGGUGUAUGGAUAUUGCACUGCCACCUGGACGCCCACUUGCCGUUGGGACUAGCGACCGCUUUCGUCGUCGAGAACGGGCUGACUCCGUCGUCGACAUUGCCUCCACCUCCUCCCGAUCUGCCUCAGUGUUAGGACGGAGAGAGAGUACAAGGAACACGCUUUAUCCAUUUGUUCUGGAUUGAGUUUAAUUUGUCCAUUCUUUCUUCAUGCAACCCCAUUGUCGGCAAUGCCAAUACACUGAAGCGAGUUCGUGUUAUCCCAACCUUUGGCUCAAAUAAAUAUCGGGGAAAUUUGAUUGCUGA